UUCGUAAUAGUGGACGCACCACUCGCUCGACUUUAUUUUCCCGAAAAUUAACAAAUUCUAAGGAAAAUAUCAUGAAAUAAAGGCUGAGGAGUCUCCCGUCUGGUUGUAUAAUCCCUUGAGGUCCAUGAAAUAACGUUUGUUUGGAAAUAUCGACGCGGAAACGUUAUCUAAUAAGGUGGUGAAAUGGAGGGCGCAGCGAGUGAGACAAGCGAGGCGCAGCCCCCGACGCACGAAGAGGGCGUUCCUGGGGACUUGAACAGUGCUAGUGAACUCACUGAAAGUGAUAAAAACGUGGCUAGUGACAAGGAGUUAACGUGGGAGAAAAUCGCAGCUGAAUUCACUGAAGAAGAGGAGAUUAUGGAGGAGGAGGCGGCCCUGGCUCAAGUAGCACAAGACGUGGCUCCUCCGCCGGAGACGGAAGUUGUACAGGAGACUGUGAUAAAUACUGUGACUGAAGAAAAGGUUGAACCACUGGAGACCCCGAAGAUUGAAAACGAAAGUGAACCUUUGGCAACAGAAACUGAACCUUCAGUUGAACCUAUGACAAUGUCCACUGAACCUUCAGCUGAACCUAUAGAGACGUCAACUGAACCUACGUCGAUGUCAACUGAACCUCUAAGUGAACCUCCGGCAAGUGAACAAACCGAGAUGCCUAAUGAUGAAGUUGUUGAACACCCGACUCCAGAGCUCGAAAAAACGACAGAAUUUGUCGAAAUUACGGAGUUAAAACCUGAGGAACCGAUAGUUGACGAAGUUGUGGAGGACUUGGAGUAUACUGUUGUCGAGGCUGAGGAAGUUGAAACUCAUGAAAUAAUCGAGGAACAUUUAGCUCAAACUGAGCCCAGCAGCGAAACUGUGGUUAUAAUUAAUCCUGACCAGUCUCAGACUGAAAUCACUAUAGAACAUAUGGAGGAAAGUGGAACAGCGGAUGAGAAUUCGCAGGAGUACAGAGAAGAAAUUUACGUGUUGACAAAAGAUAAUGAAAGUGUUGAUGAUCCGGAUUAUACAACGACGAAAGAAAAGAAGCCUAGGAAGCAAAGGGGGCGCAAACCCAUCAGUGACAUUCCUCUCCACGUUUUGGGACGUGAUAUAACCAAACCGACUGAAGGUGUGUCAAACGGGGGCCGCUCUAUGCCCAAACCAAGACUAGGUGUGAAGGUUCCUUACAAGAAUUUAACAAGUCAGAUAGUUUCAAAAGAAGAAAUCGAGAAGGAAAUUAUGGAGCGUUUCAAACUAAAACAGGAGCAAAACUCGACCAACAGUGGCGAUAUUUUAUUCGCCCGUAAACUAACACAACGUCUAGCCAAAAAACUAAUCCCUAGUGAGAAAGACAAAGCAGAUGCCAAGCCCCAAGAAGCCACAACUUCCGAGAAAAACGAUAAAAACUCAUCCGAAAUCAAGAACAACUCCGAUUUGAUUGCAAUUCUUGAAGGCGAAGACGAAGAUAUGGAAGUGAAGAAGAAACAAACCGAAGAAGAGAAGAAAGAAAUGACCAAAAACACAGAAAAGGAAAUUGCCUUACAACAAUUGAAGGAACUGCCCGGGAAAAACAAAAUUUUCAAGAGCCGGAGCGAGGAGGAAAAACCGGCAAAUCCGGUCCUGAAGCCAAAACCACCAUCGCCACAAAAACCUAGCCCCGAGAAAAAACUAGUCGAGGCCGAACCUAGGCUUAAGACCGAAAUGGUCAUUAAAACCUACACCCGAAAACGUAAAUCAUUCGAUUUGGAGUCGAUUUUGCCUGCGAAAAAAACCGUUGUGGCAACACAGAUCAAAUCGGAAGAUGGUGGGCCUCCAAGUGACGUAUACAUAACGAAAAGUUCACGUGUGAUUAAGAAGAAAGUCAUUUGGGACCCGGACGAAGUCCCGGCUAAAAGUCCGAUCAAGUCACCGAAAAGCGCCGAAUCGCCGGUUAAACCGGUCGAAAAGGAGAAACCGCAACAAGAGAAGAAAGUUGCUUCGCCUGUUAAAAAAAUCGUAAAGACGUCGUCACCACCGGUUAAAAAACCGAAACGCUUGACUGAAGUUGAUAAGUUACUAAUGGACGAAGGGGCCGUUAAUAUGCUCUACGACGUCAAGACGAACGAAGAAACGAGCCCUGAUAAACAAAAGAAGAAGACUACGAAGUCAGUUAUCAGUUUAGAUAAGGCGCACAAAGAACUGAUGAGUAAGACUAGCGUUAUCAAGAACGACCUUCAGCAGAAUACAAGUGGUCAGAAGUCAUUACGUAAGAAAGAACAGGGUUCGCCUGCGAAGAAAGAGGCCAAAGUGGCGACGCCUAGCGGCGUGACGCGAAAAAAAUCGAAGGAUUCCGCUCGGAGUUCGGUUCAUAGUCCUCCCUCGUCUCCUCCAUACAAUGCGGCGGAAGCUUCGCGUAUUAUCCGUCGGCAUUCGAGCAGUUCGUUUUCGAGCAACGAAGAAAUGGAUGAUGAAGAGAUUGAAGAGGUUGAAGAGAGGGUGACGCGGAAGAAAGCAGCAGCAGCUGCCGAAUCGCCGAAGAAGAAGUUGAAAAAGACGACGGAAAAACCGAAAGAAACGACGACGAAAAAUAAUAAUAAUGAUGUUAAGGCGAAUCAUGUGGAUAAGACGAGUGUGGGGAAGUAUAAGUCGUUCACGGCAACUAAAAGAAAUAAAUUGGUGUCGAUUAAUUUGCUCAGUAUCGAUGGGAAAUGUUAUUUGAGCGAAGAGGUUUUGAAGGAGUUGACGGCCUGUUUGAAGGAGUUUGGAGAGGAUGAUAGUUGUCAUGUGGUGUCGAUAACAGCGGAUAAUAGCGAGUCGUUUUGUGAAGGGUUGGAUUAUAGGGUGUUGGUGGCUGAAGAUGAGGGUGGACGGAAGAAGAGAGCCAGCGAGCUCGUGGCGUUAGUUAAGGAUUUCCUAAGGUGCCUUUUACACUUCCCCAAAGUCCUAGUGGCUGGAAUCCAAGGGGACUGCGUGGGUUUAGGCGUGACAAUGUUACCGCUUUUCGACAUGGUGAUAGCGAGUGACACCUCGACGUUUAGUACGCCGUACUCGCGCCUUGGUUUAGUUCCCGAAGCAGGUUUCCUCCUUACAGUCCCACAUCUGAGCAGCAACGGCCUGGCGAGCGAAUUGUUGUUUGCGUCGCAGACCAUCAAAGCCGACGAUGCGUUCAGAAGGGGGCUCGUGACGAGGCUUUGCUGGCCCGAGAAGUACCAACAGGAGCUGAAGAGUAUGCUGGGGCAGAUUUCGAGCCAGUCGAGACAGAGUAUUGUAGCGGCGAAGCAGCAGCUACGUCAGAAUAUCUUGCAGAGUACUGAGUCGGCCUUGAGUGCAGUUUGUAAAGUUCUGGUCGAGAACUGGACUAGUCCGGAGUGUCAGAAGAAUUUUAAUUUUCCGAAAUAGACGUAGAUUAGAGGGAUGAAACUUGAGGAAACUAUCUAUGGUACAAACUGUUCUGUUUCAUUUUAGAUUAAGUGACUAAAUUACUGAAUGUACAUUUUCGAAGGUGUGUCACUUGGAAAAUAAUAUUUUUUAUAUUUUCAUAAAUAGAGUAAGUCCCAUGUUUAGGAUAUCCAUUAGGUUGUACAAAAUCAAACAAAGCGUAGAAAAUUCAAUUCCACUUUCAUGCACGUUUUUAUGAUGUCGAUAUCGUGUUUUCCAAAGAUUGGUGCAAUUUUUGUCGUCAUGGGAGAGAUGUUUGGGUUUUUACAGUGUUGAGACUUAUGGUUAAUAUUUUUAAAUAAAACAUCUGAAUUAACAUGUCUGGAUUGUUGAUUUCGUCGACUUCCGUUUCUUCGAUUUUGCUUUUACUUUAGUUUUAAUUUUUCUGUUAUUAAUAGUAGAUUCGUUUUAGUAUUAUCUUUAUGCAAUAUAUUAUGUAACAGA